AUGCGAUUCGUACCAUCCCAGCUCGUCCUCGCCGGCUCGUUCCUCGUCGGCACGAUCGUCGCGAAAGGAACGAACACGAUGGACGAGGGCAACUUGACGAGGCUACGUCCGGGGGUCCCGCUUGCGCCGGUGCCGCUUCCGCCGGCCGGGCCCGCGCGGGACGGGGCGGAGAUUUUGAGGCAGCUGACGGGGCUGACGCGGGCUGGUAUGAAUGGCGGCGGCGGCGGCGGUGGUGACGGCGGGAGCCGGUUGCGAUUUGUGAAGAAGAUCGAGCUGGAGGGGGAUGUGUGGGAGCCCGAAGGGAUUGUGAGGCUGACGGGGCCCGGAGGAAACGACAACGACAACGACGACGACGAUGACGAGGAGGAGGAGAGGUUCUGGGUCUCGGCGGGGGAGUAUACCGUCCCGACGGAGAAAUUCCCGGACGGGCGGUGGGUCGACGGGACAGACCGGAGCGCCGGGGCCGGGUUUGCGCAUUUCGUGGUGUUUGACGGCCGGGGGCGGCGGUUGGCGGACUGGGUCGUCUCGAAGGAAGGGGAUGCGGAGAUGCUGACGACGCCGGGGGAAAACAAGUACCACAACGGUGGGCUCGACUACGACGGCCUCCACAUCUGGGCGACGCUGUCGCAGUACAGGCCCAACUCGACGGCGACGGUGGUGCGGGUCGACCCGGUUGACUUGCGAGUGGAGAGGGUUUUCCGCGUGGGGGACCACCAGGGGGGCGUUGUGCACGAUGUCGAGACGGGGACGUUGACGACGCUGAGCUGGGGAGGGAGGGUGGCGAGGCGGUGGGAUCUGAAGAGGGGUGACGGCGGUGGUGGUGAUGGUGGGAGGGAAGAAGAGCAGGUCCGGCUUGUUCUUGGUGAAGGUGUUGACGGCGGCACGGGGUUCGACGUGCCGGAGGACGUGAUGGUCAACCCGUCGCACUGGAUCGACUACCAGGACUGCAAGUCGCUGGGCCGCGUCGGAGGCCGGUCACUGGCGCUGUGUUCGGGCAUCGCGACCCUGGCGCCCGGGGUCGAGGUCGGCGGGCUGGCGGUCGUGGAUGUGGACGCCGGGAUGGCGCCGGUGUGGGAGGUGCCGUUCCUGGAGAGGACGGAGAGGACGACGGCGGCGGAGGGCGGCGGCGGCGGGGUGCUGAUGACGAAGAACCCGAUGGACGUGGCCCUCGUUGGGGGCCGCGUGAGGUUGUACUUCGCGCCGGAGGAAGGGAGGGGCGCUGUUUUUGUGUAUGAGAUAUGCGAGGGCUGA